GGGUUGAAGUCGAAAUCGACAGUAGUGCUCUCCGCGUCUCUCUCUCUCUCUCUCAUGAGGCGCGAUCGUCCUCGUCCUGCAGCAGCAUCAUCAUCAUCAUCAUCAUCUCAUCAGCAGCGGCCAGAUCCCACGCCUCCCGCGUGACCGUCCUCUCUCUCUCCGCAGCAGGUGUUCCAUGCUAAAUUAGAGACAAAUUGCACGAGCUGGAAUAUUUGAAAAAAAUUGUAAAAAAGUUCAAAAGUAAAUGCUAAAAGCUCAUUCCGAACUGAUCCUUUAUUUGGUUCUACAAAGAAUUUUUGGAUGUGAAGGUUCAAGCUUUAUCUUGGUAUGUUUCUUAUAGUAAAGGGUUUACAGUGGAGUCUAGGCCAGAGCAGUUGGAAUUAACGCAAGUCAAACUGUUACACUUAUGCAUAUAAAAAUAUGGUAAAUCAAACUCGAUCCGGUUGCAAAAUUAGGGAUGAAUGUACAAACAAGGCGCAUAGCAGUGGUAAGGGAUCGAGUACAUCACCCUUUGCAUCAGAUUCAUAUAGACUGAGAAGUUCAACCAGGGAGUCAUCAUCCAAGAAACCAACGGUUCCAAGCGUUCCAACUAUUCGAAAGUCGGAGCGAAUUGAGAAGCAAACACCACCUACUUCAGUUUCUAAGAAUCUUGAGAAGGUCAAGAGACAAAGGACGCCAAGUCCAGUGAGGAGGUCCGAGAGAUGCAAGAAGCUGCGGCAUUCCUCAAAUUCUCUAAUAUCAAAGAAGUCUGCUAGAAGGUCCGAGUCAUCUGAUAGGCAAAACCUAAUGGAAAAGAAAGAGAAUAAUGGAAAACAAUUGGAGAUGGAAGAUAAGGAAUCUAGCAAAAGCAGUGAAGAAGAACCAGCCUCUACCAAGACGAAGAGAGGGACAAUGAGUGCUCGUGCUUAUAGAGCACUGUUCAGGGGAUCAGUAAACAAGGAUAAAGCGGAUUGCCGUGAGGAGUUGAUUUGUCCAAAAAAGUCCUUUCAGCAGGAAUACAACAAUACUGGGGCUGUUGGUCCAGAGGACGUUGAUGCAGUCAAUGAUUGUAGUGAUCGUAGUCAAGAGAUCAAAGAUGGUGUGGAAUCCAUGACACAAAUGGUGGAAAAACAAAAUGAGGAAAACACUUGCCUUAGGCAAAACAGCCAUUCUACUCAACAAGGUGCAAAUUAUGACUCGGGAAGGGUAGAGAACCGUUCCUCACUGGAGAAGCAGUCAGAAUUAAUGGAUCUUAGCAGGAAUGGAAGGUAUUUAGAUGGUCAUGUUGGUUUAGAGAAUCAAGAAGACGUCCCUGAUAAACAGAGCGACUCGGUUUGCUUGAUUUCCAAUGCCUCAGCCCCAGCUGGAUGUCAAAAUUUCACCUCUGCAGCGCACAAUUUUGUCGGGAUAGAUGGUAUAAAUUCAAAGGGAAAAAGUGGGGAGCCUGACGCCACUGUUAACUUGGAACUUGAUGGAAAGCAGAACUUGCAUGUGUUGGUAAAUAUUGAUGCAGAAAGUGGACAGAGUACAUGCUUUAUCUGCAAGCUUGGGGGAAAACUCCUGUGCUGCAAUGGAGCUGGAUGCCAAAAAAACUACCAUCUUUCCUGUUUGGAUCCUCCUCUUAAUGAUGUUCCCCUAGGAGUUUGGCACUGUCUUGCAUGCGUUAGGAAAAUGAUGAAGUAUGGUGCCCAUUCAGUCUCUGAAGGAGUAGAGUCUAUUUGGGAUUGCAGGGAAGUGGAAGUAUUUGAUCCCAAAGGGUGUCAAAAGCAGAAGCAAUUUUUUGUUAAAUACAAAGGACUAGCUCAUUUUCACAAUCGAUGGUUACCGGAAGCUGAGGUGGCUGCUCAAUGCCCAUCUCUAGUUGCUGAGGUGGCGCCGUGGAAGUCAGAGUGGACUUUACCAAGGCGUCUACUGCAGAAGCGAUUAAUAACUUCUCCUCAAUUUCAUAGUGAACGUGAUAGACAGGAGGAGGGUACUGGUGUGUCAAUGUGCCAUUACCAAUGGCUUGUAAAAUGGUGUGGCCUUGAUUAUGAACAUGCUUCAUGGGAGCUAGAGAAUGCUUCCCUGUUUCUCUCUUCAGAAGCUCAGAGCCUCAUCAAACAGUAUGAAAACCGAAUUGAGAGAGCGACAGGAGCUUGUAAUGUUGAAGUGACCAUGCUUUCAGAAAGAAAAAAAAGAUUGAGGAAUGAAAUAUCAAAGCUUGCAGAUCCUGUUGAAAGGCAGUUCGAAUAUUGGAAGGUGCACCCAAAUGUGAUUCUAGUGGAUCACGAGGAGCACAUUUCAAAGGUCACAUCGUUUAUUUUACUCGAAUGUGACGGCUGUCUUCCGUGUCUCGUCAUUUCGCCUUCUACAUUAGUUUAUUCGUGGGAUGCGGAGUUUUUCCGUCUGGCACCAAUGGUUGAUGUCGUUGUUUACAAUGGAAGCAAAGAUACUCGAAGACGUAUCAGGAACCUGGAAUUCUCUGAGGAAGGGGCUUCCAUAGCAUUUGAAGUGCUCAUAUCCCCUCCAGAGGCCAUUGUUGAGGAUAUGAAUAUUAUGCAAAGAAUAGAAUGGGAAGCAGUGGUUAUUGAUGAAUGCCAACAACCUCGAAGUUUUGCCUUUCUUGAUGAAUUUUUGAAGCUGAAGACCCAGAGGAGGCUUUUCCCCUUCAAUGGGAAUUUAGAGGAAAAUAUCUCCAAGUACCGUAAUCUGCUCUCCAUAGUUGAAAAAUUUGGUGACGAAGAAAGUAUGAAUGCAUCAGCAACCAAUUCUCAUGAGACUGUGUAUAAGCCGAAGGAGCGGCCAGUGAGCUAUACUGCAUUUGAGGGCAAGAUGGAUUCAUCUAGAUUUGUGGAGUACUGGGUUCCAACACAAAUAUCGAACGUGCAGCUUGAACAGUAUUGUGCUACUCUACUUUCAAACUCUCUGUCACUCUGUUCAUCAUCAAAGGGUGACCCUGUUGGUGUGCUACGCGAUAUCCUUGUCUCUGCUCGGAAGUGUUGUGAUCAUCCAUACAAUGUUGAUCCAUCUCUUCAAGGCUCAAUGAUGAAAGAUCUUCAACCAAUUGAGUACUUGGAAGUUGGAAUAAGAGCUAGCGGGAAACUUCAGCUUCUUGAUAGGUUGCUUUUGGAGAUAAAGAAACAGCACUUGAAAGUUCUGAUAUUGUUUCAGUCCAUUGGUUGUUCAGGAAGAGAUUUGACUGGAGAUAUUUUGGAUGACUUUUUACGUCAGAGGUUUGGUGCAGAUUCAUAUGAACGUGUUGAUGGUGGCAUUCUCCCUUCUAAGAAACAGGCUGCUUUGAAUAAGUUUAAUGACAAGGAGCUGGGAAGAUUUGUGUUUUUGUUGGAGAAUCGGGCCUGUAAUUUUAGCAUCAAAUUGUCAUCAGUUGAUAUGGUGAUUAUAUUUGAUAGUGACUGGAAUCCUGCUAGUGACUUAAAAAAUUUGCAGAAAUUAACAAUUGAAUCUCAAGUCCAAAUAAAAGUACUCCGCUUGUAUUUGUCCUGUACGGUGGAAGAAAAGGCAUUGUUAUGUGCAAAGCAAGGCAUGCACCUUGAACUGCAAAAUAUAAGUCCAAGCACUAGCCACAUGUUACUCAUGUGGGGGGCAUCAUAUCUAAUGUGUAGAUUGGACGAGUUCCAUGGCAGCUCUAGUGUGUCUUCCAUGGAAUUGUCUGAUCAAUUGCUUUCGAACUCUGUGGUUCAGGAGUUUCUGGCUCUGCUUUCCCAGAAUGAAAACAGUGUUAAGAGCAGAUCUGUCAUUGUCAAAGCACGGCAAACCUCAGGAACUUACUGCACAGAUUUUCCUUUGGUUGGUGAGUUGAAGAUUCAGUCCACUGCUGAAGAUUUACCACAUAUUUUCUGGACAAAGUUAUUGGAAGGAAAGCAUCCUUGCUGGAAAUACCUGUCUGGUUCAACCCCAAGGAACAGAAAAAGGGUUCAAUCAAAUGUCAAUGUACUAGAAGAAGUUGAGUCUGACAGUAACCAGCUGGACAAGAAACGCAAGAAGCUGACAAAUAAUAGCAUAUCUCUGUCCUCUAGGAAGCAGCGAAUAGAUGGGGAGAAAAAGGUCGCUGCUAACAAGGAAGGGACUUCCAGACCAUUUAUUAAAUCUCUUGGAGGAGAAGAUUUGACAGCUAUACCUGAAGGUAAAAUGGUUGACUCUGAUGAGGGAAGAAAGUUGCGUGAUGCACAGAGGAGCCUCCAUCUUUUGCUGAAACCAGAAAUCUCGAGACUUAGUGACUUGUUGAAUGUAUCGGACAAUAUCAAGCGUAUCAUUGAUAUCUUCCUUGAUUAUGUAAUCAAUAAUCAUCAUGUCAGCCGGGAACCAGCGAGUAUUCUACAAGCUUUCCAGUUGGCUCUGUGUUGGACUGCAGUUUCUUUAUCAAAGGAAAAAAUAGAUCACACAGAAUCUCUUGAGCUUGCGAAAAAGCAUUUGAACUACCAGUGCAAGAAAGAAGAGGCAGAUCAUGUGUAUUUGAUGUUGCGACAUCUAAAGAAAAUGUUUCUCCACCUUAGAAAGAAUUCUCUGGUUGAUUCCUCAAAAUGUGGAGAACUGAAAGACAAAGCGCUUGAGAUGGAGCAAUCUGGUGUGAAGUCGCCCCUGCCAGCUAUGCCUUGCCUCCAAACCAUAAAAGUAGAGAUUGAAGAUUGUACCUUUCAAGGAUCCUCCAGUAAUGAGGUCAUUUCUAGUCCUAACUUAAUGGAUGAGUUUGGAUUGACAUUGGGAGAUAUUUCUGAAAGUGGCAGAGAAAUUCGGAACCAGAAACAGAUAUUGCUGGAGCUAGAAAGGAGGAAGAACAAAAUAUGCAGGGAAUAUGAGGCGCAGAAGGUGUUGCUGGAGAAUACUCGUCAAAUGGAGGCUGCGAUUGUCCGUUUGCAUUAUGGUGGUUCAACAAAAUUAGACAGGCUGGAGAGAUUGGACAGGGAGUACUCUACAAAAAUUGAAGAAUGCUCACAUGAGAUGGCUGUACGCCUUAAAGAAAUUGAGGCUGAAUAUCGAGCCUCAGCAAAUGGAGUUCAGCAGGAUCCUUCUCUAGUAGAGGGAGACAGGCGCUCAACGCAAGUGCAAUUGCCGAAUAAGCUGCCUGAAGCCAGGCAUGGUCAGGAAAGUUCCAAUUGUCAUGAUCAACUUAUUAACGUGGACCCUUUACCGAGGCCCUCAUCUGAUCAAAGUGCUGAUGCAAUUGACUGUGCUGUAAAGGACUGCCUUCCAGUUAGGAUUGGCUGUGACAAUGAUGAGGUGAGUACCGUGGCUUCAGGAACAGUUUUUACAGAGGUAGGGCCAUGUGCUAAUGGAAUACCAAUAGACAACCAAGGGAAUGCUGUUUCUCUAAAUCCCUGUUCUCGGGAGAAUCUUCCUGGUAACUCACACGGUGAUUUUAUCAGUAGCCGUGCUCCAGACAACGUGAGCACUAUGAAUGCUUACACGUUGGUGGAUCAGACUCCUGAUGAUUCAAGAAAGGAAGCAAUUGAUGAGCCGGGUCCAGUGGAGGCGCAAGAGAGUGUUCAUUUAACAAAUGUACUGGAGAGAUCGAGUACUCUGGAUCCACAAGUAUCAGAAACGGAACCACCUAAUGGAUCUGAAUCUGGAGUGGUUGAUAAUGUCCAUCGCAGUGAUGGACCUCAUAAAGCUGCCUUGGUUGAUCGAUCAAUAUCAAGGAUGCCUGAUGACAGAGACAAAGUCAGGGCCACUGGUCAUGCUCUGGAGAAUAUCAGCUCUCUGAAUGCUGGCUCCUUGGAUGAUCAGAUUCUUGAUGGUUUGAGAAAGGAAGCACUUGAUGAACCAGUUGCGCUGGAGGUGCAAGAGAAUAUUUGUAUAACAGGUGAACUGGAAGCUCCAUCAGAAAAUGAAAUAUGCAAUGGAUCUGAAUCUGAAGUACUUGAGAAUGUCCAUCCCAGUGAUGGACCUUGUGAAGUUACUUUGGUCGAUCAAUCAAAGUCAAGUACAGUGCCGCUAGCAAAUGCCUUUGCCAAGGGAGCUUCUGUGUCAUUUCAUUGUACCCUGCCUGACCCGGAGUUGAGAGAUGAUUGUAAUGCCACAUCCACCAGCAGGCAAGAGAGAAAUAGACCCAAUGAAGAGCGACAUAAUGAUGAGGCCCUACCUGAUGAGGAGUCGAGAGAUGAUUGUAAUGUCACAUCCACCACCUUGCAAGAAGAAAAUGCACCUGGUAAACAGCAGCGUGAUGCUGAGAGCGUGCCUAACCAGGAUUUGGGAGAUGAUUCUACACCAGCCAUAAUGCAAGAGGGAAAUGCACCUGAUGAAGAGCAGCAAAAUGCUGAGGACGCUUCCGUGCCAUCUUAUCUUACCUUACCUGGCGAGGAGUUGAGAGAUUAUAGCAAUGCCGCAUCCAGCGGCAUCGAAGAGAGAAAUGCAACAGAUGAAGAGCAGCAUAAUGCUGAGACCUUACCUGAAGAGGAGUUGAGAGUUAAUUGUAACACAGUAUCCGCUGGCAUGCAAGAGAGAAAUGAACCCGAUGAAGAGCACCGUAAUGCUGAGAGUGCUACCGUAUCAUCUUAUCAUACCUUACCUGAUCAGGAGUUGGGAGAUGAUUUUAGUGCCCCGUCCACCAGCAUGCCAGAGAGAAAUGCACCUGACGAAGAGCAGCAUAAUACUUCUCAACAAACUGAGCUUCUUUCAUCUGGUACUUGUAAUGCUACAUCAUUUUUCUCUGGAGCAGCAGAUAUGGAGCCUCCAGUGCUUCCGCAGCCGCAAGAUCAGCCUCUUAAUAACAGUUCACAUGAUUUAGCUCUGGUCAGAGGAACUGCAACUCCACUCCAGGGGGUGGGAGAGACUUCUAAUCUAACUGUUCACGUUCAGUCAACACAAGUUGAUGAAAACCCUGCUGCGCCUCUUAAUCAAGCAAUGUCGGAAUCUGCAGUCAGCAUUCCUCGUGGUAGGAUAGUGGCACAGAUCUCAGGCAAUUCCACUGCAUCUGUCCCUAUGGAAAGUAACACUCAGCCAUCGCAGAGUCCUUUUCCAAUGGCACAACCCAGAACGCCUCUGAAAUUGCACCUGGAUCCUCUUCAGAACGAGCUGGACAGAAUACAAAGGGAAAUUGAGCAGAUGGACAAAGCACAUGAAGAUGCAAGAAUGCGACUGGUAUCUGAUUGCGGCAAGGAGAUAGAUGAAAUUGUCGCACAAAUUCGCAGGAAGUAUGAUUUGAAACUUAGGGAGAUUGAGGCAGAAUAUCUUCCUAAGAAAAAGGAACUUGACAUGAAUCACCGCAAAGUUCUGAUGAAUAGGAUGCUAGCUGAGGCGUUCAAAUCCAAGUAUUCUGAUAUCAGGGCAUCUGGCACAAAUGGAAUGCAACAAGAUGUAGCUUCCAGUUCCAUGCAGCCGUUGCUACAGUUAUCAUCGCAGCAUAAUGCACAUCAGCCUUUGCCAGUUCGUGUCCCUUCUGCUGGCCUUCAGUCGAAUGGGGUUGGCACUGCCGCCACUCCAUUCACAAGCUCACAGAGUUUUCCUACCAAUGUGGCGAGCUUGCAGAAUGUUGGCCCUUCUGUAGGUUCCAUCCUGGAUACCAUGGCUGUGCCCCAGAUCAGCCUCAGCAUGCCACCGUCAUCAGCAAACAUCCAAGCUCCCAGUGAUCUUCGUUCUCCUGCUCCACAUCUCCAAACUUUCAGACCUUCUGUUGCAUCCUCAGGCACCCGUUUGCAGGGCUUGCCAAAUUGGCAGCCACCUAGCAACCCACCUCCAACUUCUGCCCCUCUCCAGCAGUUUCCAGCGGCAGCAGCACCAGCUGGGGGCCCAGCAGGUCCAAGUGGUUGGCAUCAUGGCGGGGGAUCUGCAGAAGGGUUUCCACCUAAUGAAUGGGGGAGUGUUCUUCUUAUGGAUGCCCCUUGCGUUCGUCCUUCAAUCGUUAUUCCUCCUCCACAAAGGGAUAAUUUAACCUCCUCUAAUGCUACCGAUGACGUUGUAUGCUUAUCCGAUGACGACUGACCGCACACUUGAAGGUAUUGAUGUCAUAUCUGUUGGCCGUGGGUCUAACAAGUAGGCAUCCCGUGGAUCCUCGGCAUUUUUGGUUGUAAGAAGGCAUUGUACAUAAGCCAAUAGAGGCAGAAUUGGGAAUUGUCUAUUUUGGUGGAAGCGGACCAUUUUCAUGUACUAAGUGUAUAUGCUUGGUAAUUAAGUCUUAUGUCUGCAGCAUCUUUCCCGUGAUCCAACCCUAAGCUGAAAGUAGGUAGAAGCUUUUGGUAACACCGGGUGCAAAAGCCCGGAAGAAUGUGCGGCCAGGGGGUGUGUCUCUCGGAAUAUUUGACGUGGGUCUUGCUCGUUUAUGCUUCCUGUAGCUUGUGCUUAGUUGUGACAUUGGGCCUAUUGAUGAA